AUGCAACAAGAACAACCAACCAUUCUCGCUCUCGGCGACUCACUCACCAAAGGUUACUACAAUAAUGGAUUUUCAUAUCAUCCAUACGCAAAUCGUCUUUCAUUCCUACUAACAAACAAAUAUCAUGUUGAGCCUUUUGGAGAGAACGGAGAGGAAACACAAGAGAUGAAGGAACGUCUCGAUCAAAUUCUUGAUUAUUAUGCAAAAGAUGCAUUCAAAGGAGUGAUCAUUAUCGGAGGAACAAAUGAUUUGGCUUCUUAUUCAUCCGAUAUGAUUAUUGAGAAUUUAAUUGGGAUGUACAAGAGGUGUUUAGAGUUGGAGAGUUUUGGUUGA